AUGCUCCAGGGCGCCUUCGAGGCGCUGCCGGAGGCCGACCGCGAGCGGUUGCAGCGUCGGCUGACGUCCGGGCAGUCGAUGAGGCUGCCUUUCGCCAGGUCCUCCGUCGCCGCCAUGCAGCGCCUCGCCUUCGCCCUCGCAGCCCCGAGCGCCCCGGAGGCGCCCGAGGCGGUCGCUACGCGACGGGCGCGCCGGCGGCGCCGCGGCAGGCGCAGGAACCACUGCAGGAGGCGACGACGACUGUUCGCGAUGCAGGCUGCAGAGCUGAACGCCGUGGCCGAGGCCGUCGCGUCGGAUGCGGAGGACGCCGACCUGGAGGACGAGGAGCUCGGAGCCGAGGACGACUCCGACGACGACAUGCCCGCGCUCAUCCCGGCGGACAAGUGGACCGGGUGGCUGGGCGGCGCCGACGAGGAGUAUGCCUCGCAUACCCGCAAGCUCGUGGCGCUGCGCAGGCAGGCAAAGGCGGCAGGCAACUUCUUCGUGGAGCCAGAGGCCAAGCUCCUGUUCGUGGUGCGCAUCGUUGGCAUCAUCAAGCUGAGCCCCAAGCCGCGCAAGGUGCUGCAGCUCCUGCGCCUGAAGCAGCUGCACAACGGCGUGUUCCUCAAGGUCAACAAGCCGAUUCUGAACAUGCUCAAGCUGGUGCAGCCGUACGUCACGUACGGCUACCCCACGCUCAAGACUGUGAAGGAGCUGGUGUACAAGCGCGGCUUCGGCAAGGUCAACAAGCAGCGCAUCCCGCUCUCCGACAACGAGGUCAUCGCCAGCAGCCUCGGAGAGAAGGACCUCAACGGCAUCGAGGAUCUCAUCCACGAGAUCUACACCGUCGGGCCCAACUUCAAGCAGGCCUCCAACUUCCUGUGGCCCUUCAAGCUCUCCGCCCCCAAGGGUGGCUUCGAGAAGAAGCGCCACGGCUACUGCGAACAGCGCGGCGGUGCGUGGGGAAACCGCGAGGACAUGAUCAACGAGCUGGUCGCGCGCAUGAACUGA